CACACGCAUACACACACACACACACACACACACACACACACACACUCUGGAUGUCAGCCGGCUGCCUCUGAGCCUCAGUGAAAGCUCCCGGUGACAUUAUACCCAUCACCUCUGGAUGUCUUCAGGACUCUUCCUGCUCCAGACGCUGUGUGUGUGUGUGUGUGUGUUUGUGUGUGUGUGUUUAGUGGACUGUGGACUUCCAGAUCUGCUUGUUUGGACUCCCUUGCUUUUGUUUGCUGAGGGAGCCGUCACUGUCAGCAUGGAGGAGUGUUAACAUGCUCCGUUGUUUUUCCCUCCUUUUCCCUCCGCUGAAGAGCAGAGAAGUGGACGGCUGGAUUUUUUUCGGUGGCUGCGUGCCGGCGCAGAGUGCUUACCUCAGGAUUUGCAGUUGAAGGGGAGGUGGGGGUAAACAGCUGCGAGGGGAGGACGGUGUGCACUGCAGCAUCGAACUGGCAUCUCUUAUUCUGUGGUGGAGAUUUUUUGUGCUCCUCGAGGUUGCACACAUGCACGUUUUUCACACCCGGCAGCAGCAGCAGGAGGCUGCGUUGUACACACACCGAUGGAUUACUGCGACUUUAAGGACAGGCUCCCGCACGCUGAGGAAGACAAGAUGCUAAUUUAGCAAGUGCUCUUUGUUUUUGGAAUCGAAACCAACACUACAAGUAUUAAAAAUUUGACUCGCAGGAUGACGUUGAGCUGAAAGCGCCGCCUCCUGCUCCCUCCAGUCCAAACAUGAACUCUUCCUCCAAUGCGAACCAAAGCGGAUCUCCUCCGUUCUGCCUGCUGGGCGCCGCGGGCUACUCCCGCAGCCUGGACACCUGCGUGCUGGAGGUGGUCGUCAUCCUCUUCCUCACCGUGCUCAUCAUCGCCGGCAACCUGGUGGUAAUCUUCGUCUUCCACUGUGCGCCACUGCUGCACCACCACACCACCAGCCACUUCAUCCAGACCAUGGCGUACGCCGACCUGCUGGUGGGCGUCAGCUGCCUGAUGCCCUCGCUGUCGCUCCUCCACUACUUCCGUGGUCUGAACGAGGAGCUCACCUGCAAGGCGUUCGGCUACAUGGUCUCUGUGCUGAAGAGCGUCUCCAUGGCGUCGCUGGCGUGCAUCAGCGUGGACCGCUACAUCGCCAUCACCCGCCCGCUGUCAUACGCCACGCUGGUGACGCCAUGCAGGCUGAGGGUUUGCAUCGUCCUCAUCUGGGUUUACUCUGCGUUAAUCUUCCUCCCAUCGUUUUUUGGCUGGGGGAAGCCGGGUUACCACGGAGACAUAUUUCACUGGUGCGCAGACUCGUGGAAAACCAACCCCGGGUUCAGCACUUUCAUCGUGGCGCUGCUCUACGCACCAGCGGCGCUCACCGUCUGCUUCACUUACGGGAGUAUAUUCCGGAUCUGCCGGCAGCACACAAGGGAGAUCACCCAGCGCCACGCCCGCUUCAGCUCGCAGGCGGUGGGCGAUAAAGGCGAGCGCUGCGAGGGCUGCACGGACAAACGCUACGCCAUGGUGCUGUUCCGCAUCACCAGCGUCUUCUACGUAUUGUGGAUGCCGUACAUCCUCUACUUCCUCCUGGAGAGCUCCGGGCUUUAUCACCACAAUGUGGCGUCCUUCCUCACCACGUGGUUGGCGAUUAGCAACAGCUUCUGUAACUGUGUCAUCUACAGCCUCUCCAACAGCGUCUUCCGGAAGGGCCUCGGACGCCUCUUCAGCCCGUUGUUACCCGCCUGCCUCGGCUGCGUGGACGCCAAAAAGGCUCCAGCUUCCGCCAGCACACGACCGGACCCUCGCUGCCAAGUAUGAGCUGUAAGCCACGACGGAUUUGGUUCGGUCACUUUGGAGGCA